GGUUAGACAGAUCGGAUACACUUACCUUGUUUAGUCACUCAUACAUACAUACAUACAAAAUAUAAAUCAGCUAGUAAAGAUACACUGUUAAGCUACCUAGCACUGAAGUGGUGAAAUUAGCCCCACCUCUACUGGCUGCAACAUUCAAUGAUGUACACAUUAAUGCAUCACUAGUUAUAAUCCAGUAUGAUAAGAUACAUUAUUGUGAAAGAGACCAUUGUGCAUUAAGAAUGCUUUUUUCUUUCAGUACUUUAAGAAGCCUAUAUUUUGAGACUAGUUAUUCUGGGAAUUAAUGUACUUUUACUUUAGUAAGAUUUCAAAUGCAGGAAUUUUAUUUGUUACAGAAUAUUUCUACACUGUGGUACUGCUACUUUUAUUGUGUAGGCUACUUCUUUCAUCACUGUUUAAAUCUGCCCAAAAGGUUCGGACCUGUGUGUCAACAUUGUCUAUAAGACAGCGUCCAGGGUUUUAAUGCCCAAUCCACUACUUAUGUUUUUGCGCAUGCGCAUUCUGGAAUAAUGAGCCGAUUUGGGAUCUAUUUUGUUUUUCUCUUCUUGUUCAUUAAAAGCCCGAGUUUGAUCCUAUUCUUGUGUUUCGCCAUUUAUGUUUACAUUCAUUACAGAACAAGAUAAAAAAAGAGGAGAAAGAUAUGAAAGGAAACAUCUGAUCUAUUUGGCCUCCAUCCUAUCAGAAGACAGUGGCAUUUCUUCUCACCGCUCAUGUGUUUUACAAGCACGUCAAGGGAUCUCUCGUCCUUGUCUCUGUAGCUCUGAAUGGCGUCAAUCUGCAGUGAUGGAGUGUGCUGUUCCCGUCUCGGAGGUCGUGCCAAAACAAUAGGCCUAAUCAAAACAACGGACAGGGCAGCUCGGUUACGUUACCGAACAGCGAUAAGAGGCGUGAGAUAGCCACGAUAAGAGGCAGUUAUAAACACACAGAUACAGGAUGCCUGGGAACAGUCUGCGUCUGACGACCACAGCGAAGGACUCUGCAAAACAAUUGUUCUUCGUUGACAACACUUAGACGUGUGUUCAGCUGUAUAGUCUGUUUGUACCAAUGGGUCUCUCACUGUCAGUGUGGCCGUACAGCAGGGCAGACGACAGCCCUGCCUCCUCUUCAUCAGCUUUCCUUUCGCUGGCUGCUCCAACCUCCUCUCGCCUCGAGGUCACUCUGAACUCCUCUCCGGUCACUCCAGGAGACGGUCGCUCGCACUGGAGCACAGUCCACCGCUCUCCUCACUUCCUGCUGUCUGCCUGCAAACAAGAAGUGACACGUUCACCUGUUGAGCGGAGCAGCGAUGGGGUGAGGGCGGAGAUGGGGGUGAAGAGUGGGCUUCAUGUCUGGGAGGUGCUGUGGAGCCCCAAACACAGAGGGAGUCAUGCCGUCUUGGGCGUCUCCUGGCAGAACUGCCCUUUGCAGGCCUCAGGGUACAACGUGCUGGUGGGUGGAGACUUGCAGUCCUGGGGCUGGGAGCUCAAAACUAAUCAGCUGUGGCAUGCUGGACAGAUUCUGGGACUUUAUCCAGGAACGAGGAAGAGGUGUCACUCUGAGGCUGCUGAGUCUCCCACUCCAUUACACACAAAGGCGGCAGAGACACCUCUCCCCAUUCCUGAGCGCAUCCUUCUAGUCCUGGACGCAGAUGCAGGGACUGUGGGAUUCAUUGUUGCCGGCAGCUUCCUCGGCGUGGCUUUUAAAGACCUUCCUAGUAGAGUGGAGCUGUUCCCGGCAGUGAGCAGCGUGAGAGGAGGAGCCAGCAUACGACUACGAUACCUGAACGGUGCCACACGUGAUCCCCCUGCCCUGAUGGCUUUAUGUGGACUGUCAAUUCAACAUUUUUUAGGGCAACAAAGGCAGAAUCAAAUGCACAAACUGCCUCUACCCUCUUGUCUCCAACACUACCUGCUUUCUAGUCAGUAACACUUAAGCAUAUGUACACACACACACAAUAGGAAACAUUUUGUAAACUGUACCAAGAAUUUACAGAACAUUUCCUUUUGAUAUGAAAAAUUAUGUACAUAAUUAUUUCUUAUUUAUUAAAAUGUAAAAUAUACACAGUUCACUGAUAAUAUUUUGACAGGUGUUUACACAGUGAGUUGGGAGGAUAUUAUACUGCUGUUUCUUAUUUUACACAUGUGAAAGAAGUUAGCCUUCAGAGCUUUUUUUUCCUAAACCUAACCUAAUUUUGUUGUCUAAAUCUAACCAAGUAGUAAGUAACCUGAGGGCAAAAGCAUUCUUUAUUUUACUCAUUAAUAACUCCCAAAUAAACUGUAUAUAUUGAAUUUCUGAAUUCAUUUGUACUGCUCUAUGAACAAACUGAUUAAAUUAAUUUGUAUCUGA